GGAUUUCACCUAUAUCUAGCUGGAUUUCAACAACUUUUAGCUGGAUUUCACCUAUAUCUAGCUGGAUUUCAACAACUUUUAGCUGGAUUUCACCUAUAUUUAGCUGGAUUUCACCUAUAUUUAGCUGGAUUUCACCUAUAUUUAGCUGGAUUUCAACAACUUUUAGCUGGAUUUCACUUAUAUUUAGCUGGAUUUCACCUAUAUUUAGCUGGAUUUCACCUAUAUUUAGCUGGAUUUCACCUAUAUCUAGCUGGAUUUCAACAACUUUUAGCUGGAUUUCACCUAUAUUUAGCUGGAUUUCACCUAUAUUUAGCUGGAUUUCACCUAUAUUUAGCUGGAUUUCACUUAUAUCUAGCUGGAUUUCAACAACUUUUAGCUGGAUUUCACCUAUAUCUAGCUGGAUUUCACCAAUAUCUAGCUGGAUUUCACCAAUAUCUAGCUGGAUUUCACCAAUAUCUAGCUGGAUUUCAACAACUUUUAGCUGGAUUUCACCUAUAUUUAGCUGGAUUUCACCAAUAUCUAGCUGGAUUUCAACAACUUUUAGCUGGAUUUCACUUAUAUCUAGCUGGAUUUCACCAAUAUCUAGCUGGAUUU